AUGGGUCUCAUUAUGGGCGCCUCGAUGGCCUCCGGAAUCACCACAUCCAUCAUCCUCGAGACCAUCCUCCUCCGCCGUGGCGCUGACCAACUCUCCUGGCCAGCGGCUGCCCGCACCGCCAUGGGAAUGAGCAUGGUGUCGAUGUUGGCCAUGGAGACGGCGGAGAAUCUGGUCGAUUAUCAUCUCACGGGUGGGAUGGUGAAUAUGGCUGACCCAAUGUUCUGGACUGCUGCGGCUACGUCUAUCGCGGCAGGUUAUUUGGCGCCGUUGCCGUAUAAUUAUUUGAGGUUGAGGAAGUAUGGGAGGGCUUGUCAUUGA